AUGGUACUAGACGAAAACGCACAAAAACUGUUGACAGAAUUAAAACGAAAACGAGGCGUUGUUAAAGCUUCACUUACGCGCGUUCGAACAUUUAUUUCAAAAUUCGAUCCAUCCGAACAAGCUUUAUCACUACUGGAGUUCAGACAGGAAGAGCUUCCUCAAAUAAAUCGUAAGUUUGAUGGUAUUCAAUGCGAAAUUGAACUUAUUGAUUCUGAUGACACUGAAGAAGCUGAGUUGGAAAGGGAUAGAUUUGAAAGUGAAUAUUUUGCAAUACGAUCACAAAUCCAAGAAAUUAUCAAUCAAGAAAAGGGAUUAAAUACAACGGGCCACAAUCAAUCGUACGGUGGCACAUACGUUCCGGCUCGAGUUCAAUUAGCGCCAAUUCCUUUACCCAAGUUUGACGGCGAUAUUCAAAAGUGGUCGUCCUUUUAUGACGUCUUUAAAGCUAUGGUGCACAAUGAUGACGCAUACUCAGUUGCUCAAAAGUUCUUCUAUCUGCGUUCGUGUUUAGAAGGAUCAGCAUUGGAUUUAGUGCGCUCAAUUCCUGUUAGUGACGCCAAUUACGAAACUGUUGUCAGGCGGUUAAUACAAAGAUUUGACAAUCAAAGCCUGGUGAUACAGUCACAUAUUCAGUCUAUACUCGACUGUCCUCAAGUCGAAGAAGCAUCCUCUGAGACAAUAAACGAAUUAUACUCCUGUGUAUGUACUCAGGUUGCAGCUCUUAAGGCGUUAAAUCAACCAGUUGAGCAUUGGGACGCAUGGUUGAUAACAAUUGUAACUAGCCGUUUGGAUAAGGGGACCGCCCAUUCAUGGCUGCUGCACCAGAAAAACACUAAAUUGCCAAAAUAUUCGGACCUCGAAACAUUUCUUGCUAGUCGAUGUGUCGCAUUAGAAGCUUCAAGGACCCGAUCUAAGCCUACGGGGGGAGCGUCAACGAUCUCCAACGUUAAGAAGAGCAAUUUGGUGCCAAAAAGGUCCUUGGUAGUUUCCAGUGCAACAGAAUCAUGUCAUUGCUGUUCUGGAAAUCACAAGCUGUAUUUUUGUGACAAGUUCAAGGGAUUUUCAUUAGCUGAGCGUCUCUCAUUCGUGCGAAAAGAAUCACUCUGUUUCAAUUGCCUAUCACCUAGACACUUAUCUAAUGCAUGCAAGUCAAUUUAUACUUGUCGUUAUUGCAAACGAAGCCAUAACACAUUGUUGCAUUUUGAAAAGCCCAAAGAUGUGGCCAAGCCUAAGGCGGACGAUGGUACGGUUUCCUCUCCAAAUCAAAGCACUGCACUCUUAGCUGGUGAUGGCCGAGCUCAUGUUUUUCUUGCUACCGCUGUCAUUAUAGUUCUUGACAAAUUUGGAAAUAAAUGCCAAUGUCGAGUUAUACUCGACAGUGGCUCACAAAUUAAUUUCAUAUCUAAAAGAUUGGCAACCUUGCUACAAUUACCGGCAAGAAAGACCUGUUUACCAAUAAGUGGAAUAGGCGCAAAGCAAGUCCAAGCAGCAUCGUCCAUAAAUAUUAAGGUGUCAUCUCGAGUAAGUGACUAUGAAGUGGACCUACUUUGUUAUGUAUUACCAAAUAUUGUCUCUGCGUUACAAUCAUGUGCUGAACCUCAGGGAGGAUGGAACAUACCAUCAGAGCUGAUUCCACAACUGGCAGAUCCAGAUUUUGACAAACAUCGGGCAGUUGAUCUUCUGAUAGGCGGUGGCAUAUUCUUUGAUAUUUUGGGCACUGAGCGACGGAUGCUUCUGCCUGCAGCCUUGUGCUUGCAAGAGAGCCAAUUUGGAUGGGUAGUAACUGGUGAAUUAGAGGCCACUUGUUUAUUAGGGAUCAACUCUGUGGGUGAAGCCCUUGAAGAAGAUUGGAAGGCAUUACUGCUAAGAGAGGAUUCAGGUUAUGGUCAGACAUCUAAGUCAAACUUGAAGAGUUUAGAGGAGACAGAGACUGUUCAGCAUUACCACGAAACUGCCAUGCGAAACGAAAAUGGACGUUUCGUUCUUCGUUUACCGGUCAAGGAAACCGUGCAUAAAUUGGGAAACAGUAUAACAAUGGCGACAUCACGGUUCUUUAGUGUUGAAAGACGACUGCAACGCGAUCAGCAUUUGCGCACGGAAUACAUCAAGUUCAUGCAAGAAUAUUUGGAUAUGGGACACAUGAAAUGCGUAUCUAAUGAAACAACAAUCCCGGACAGAUCAUACUAUUUACCACACCAUGCAGUGCUGAAGACAUCCAGUUUAACAACAAAACUUCGCGUAGUGUUUGACGCUUCAGCAAACAGUUCUUCCGGGUUAUCUUUAAAUGAUGUACUUAAGCGUGGUCCAACAGUGCAAGAAGAGUUAUUUGCUAUUUUGGCCCGUUUUAGGAAAUAUCAAUACGUGAUAACAUCAGACAUUGAAAAGAUGUUCAGACAGAUUGAAAUCUCAGAGCAAGACUGGGACCUACAACGAAUUUUAUGGAGAGCGGAUCCCAGUAAGACUCUUCAGACCUAUCGUUUAAAUACUGUCACGUAUGGGACAACACCUGCCUCAUUUUUAUCCACCCAAUGCCUUAUCAGUCUUGCAGAACAAAAUGAGCAAACGUAUCCCAGAGCAUCAAGUGUCAUAAGACAAGACUUCUACAUGGACGACUUAAUGACUGGCUGUGAUACUGAAGCAGAAUGUCUCCAAUUGCAGCAAGAAGUAAGCACAAUACUGGAUUCUGCAAAAAUGCCAUUGCGUAAGUGGUGUUCUAACUCAGAGUCCGUGUUAAAAGGUAUUGGAAAAAAUGAACAAGACCCACUUUUCACACUGGAUAUUAGCGAUGAUGAUACUGUCAAAUCAUUAGGGCUGGGUUGGAAACCAUUCAUUGAUGACUUCCGAUUCAAUAUAAUUGCCAUUUCUAGAGAUACUAAAUUAACUAAGCGGACACUGUUAUCUCAGUUAAAUAGGAUAUUUGAUCCUCUAGGGUUUCUCUCACCAGUCCUCGUUAAAGGAAAAAUAUUUCUCAAACAACUAUGGCAGCUGAAGGUUGACUGGGAUUCGCCACUUCAAGAGGAAUUGCAAAAACGAUGGCGCCUUUAUUACUCUGAGUUAGAAAAGCUUAAGGAAUUAUCUAUUCCCCGAAAAUGUAUUUACAAUGCUAACGCCUUAGUUGAGUUACAUGGAUUCUGUGACGCAUCUAUGGAAGCCUAUGGUGCCUGCAUUUAUGUUCGUUCAUUAGGCUAUGACGGGAAAUGGCAUGCACAGCUUUUGUGUUCAAAGACUCGAGUUGCUCCACUUAAAGGAGUGACUAUUCCUAGAUUGGAGCUAAAUGGAGCAGUACUGUUAGUGCAAUUAGCAUACAAGGUUGCAGAGUCAUGGAAAAUAGAUGUGCAAUCAUUUAAACUCUGGACAGAUUCCAUGAUUGUACUCGGUUGGCUGAAUAGUGAUUCUAGUAGAUUAAAGACAUACGUGGCUAACAGAGUCGUUCAAAUACUUGAGGUAUCGACUGCGGAGCAAUGGCGACAUGUGAGAACCGAUGAGAAUCCUGCAGACGUUGUCUCUAGAGGUCUAAGGCCACAGGAAUUAGUCGACAACAACAUAUGGUGGACGGGCCCGAGCUGGCUUUCGGAAGACGAGAGUGGUUGGCCACGUAUCGCAAACGUAAGGAUGGCAGAGGACGACGUGCCUGAACUGCGAACAAUUCGGUUAGCUUUAACUGGCAUGAUAGUGCCAGAAAUGGACAUGCUACAACAUCAUUCGGAGUGGAGCCGAUUAAAAAGAGCUGUCCACUUAGAGCCUGUGGAAGAUCUCACGAGUAGUGCAUUUAUUGCUAGCCUGCGACGGUUCAUGGCACGUCGAGGCAAGUGCACUAAAAUCUACAGCGACAACGGCACGAAUUUUGUGGGAGCACAAAAAGAGCUAAGUCCUUGUUUAGCUGGUAUCGACGACAAGAUGGCAAAAGAGGGAGUAGAGUGGCAUUUCAACCCACCAUCCGCCCCUCAUUUCGGUGGUUUGUGGGAGAGCGCAGUAAAGACGACAAAGUUCCACUUAACACGCGUGAUAAAGGAUGCUCGUCUAACUUUAGGAGAGUUAACCACGUUGUUGUGCCAGGUGGAAGCGUGCGUUAACUCUCGGCCUAUGACACCGCUUAACAGUGACCCUUCAGAAGCGGAAGCAAUCACCCCAGCUCAUUUCUUAAUUGGUGGCCCAAUGAUGAUACCACCAGAAGCGAACAUACCCGAAGAGGACGUUCAACAUCUACGUCGUUGGCGCUUUGUGCAAGGCUUAAUGCAAAGCUUCUGGAGGCGAUGGCAUGCCGAAUAUCUACCACAACUUCAGGUGCGAGGCAAGUGGACUUACCAGAAAAAGGACCUAGUAGUUGGAGACGUGGUUAUUAUAAAAGAGGACUGUACUCCACCAACAAAGUGGAAGCUAGGACGAGUAGUGCAACUACACCCAGGGAAAGAUGGCACAGUUCGAGUAGUCACAUUAAAAACUGCCAAUCGAGUCAGAAGACAACCAAGAUGA